GGGAGAGUAUGGCCGCCCCAGCGUCGCCGUACUGUUCCCAGUAAAGACGGCUACUCCUUCCCUCUCCCCCCUUCUCCCCCUCCGUCUUCUUCCCCCAGGGGCAUCCGUGUUUUCACUUUUUGCUCCCCCACGUUGAACCUUGAUCCUCGUGCUCCCUUUCUUGAUUCUUUCUCCGUAGGAUCUCUUGCUAGGAGUAGCCUGCCCCGUGUGCGCGCUCGCACGGACAUGCUUGUUUCCGCGUCUUGAAAGGCGAGAAAAAGUGGAGAUGGGCGCUUGCGCUUCGGUACACAAGGACCCGGGGCACCCCAAGAAGCAGUUUCUUGACUCUCCCACCAAGGCGAAGGCCGCCAACGGGAAGGGUGGCGGGGGCGGCGGUGUUGCUCCGGUUGGUGAUGGCUUCGGUGAUCUCAAGUCCAAGGUCGACGCUGAGGCUGAGCAGCUGCGGGCAGAGUUUAACCCCAAGAACCCGGAUUCUGGUAGCAAGGAUGAAGUGUUCUUCGAAUCUCGAGCCUGGUUAGAUUCCGACUGCGAGGAUGACUUCUACAGCGUGAAUGGAGAUUUCACUCCGUCUCGUGGCAGCACACCCGUCUACCAGCCCAGAGCGCAGACGGUGAUGAGCAGCAUCUUUCAGCCAGACACGCGCAGUUCCAAAUCACCGGAGCCUUCUCCGACCGGACGGAGGAAGCUCGCUGAGCUGCUGCAGGAGGCAAUGCAAGACGGUCCCGAAGAAAGCGCCGACGAGGAGGAGCAGCAGCAGCAGUCGCUAUCUGCUGCCGCUGAUGGGAAGCCGCCGGUGUCUGAGUCCACGUCCAGCUCCGCUUGCAGCACCGUGCCGACUCCGGUCGCAGUCGCCAAGAGCCGGAAGGAGAAGGCGUGGUACACCGGACGCUGUUGCCUGCCGAGCUUUGUUCAUAGCCUGACCUUAGACGAGAGUGAGAGGGGGCAGAAGAUGAGCUCUAGGCCAUGUGCUGUUUGACUGUGGGGCUCCAGUGCCCUCCUGAGUCCUGCCCUGAGCUGUAUUUAGCGCGAUAUGUUAUCUGAAUGCCCGAUUGGGACGCUGAAGCUACUGUAUUGAGAGUACUAUAUAGUAAUCAAGUGGAUAAUAGGCACUCGUUAAAUCCUGUGGAGACCAUGUGUAUGUGUCGACCAAUUUGCGCGGGUAGAGCAUCUACCUCAAGGAAUUGCCCUUCCCUGUGCAUGUCUAACUGAAUCUUUGAAUAAAUAAACACACUGUAUAAUUUUUCAG